GUGUGUGAGAGAGAGAGAGAAAGGGGUCUGUAUAUAAGUAUAUAUAUGUACACGUAACUCUUGGAAAAUCAUAGCAAUUGAAAAUCAAGCUUGGAUUUUCAUUGAUCCAUUGAAAGUUUUGUGAUGUACAAAUUAGCUCUUGUUCGGCAUUAUUGACAGUGAGGAAGCUGAAGCAGAGUUAUCAAGAUCGUCAAACAGACUCGCAUAACUUGAUGCCAUUUGGUGGAUGAUGGCAAAUAAAAUAAAUUUGGGUGAUAGUAGAACUAGAAGUCCUGUAUCAAUUUUUAUCGUCGCUGGUCUGUGCUGUUUCUUCUAUUUAUUGGGAGCAUGGCAGAGAAGCGGGUUUGGGAAGGGAGACAGUAUCGCUGUGGAAAUGACCAAGAGUGGUGCAGAUUGUAAUAUCCUUCCAAAUCUGAAUUUUGAGACCCAUCAUAAUGGUGAAGCUGUCAGUAUAUCAGGAUCUAAAAAAGUGUUUAAGCCAUGCCUCCCUCGCUAUACUGAUUACACACCUUGUCAAGAUCAAAGGCAUGCAAUGACCUUCCCAAGGGAAAAUAUGAUCUACCGAGAAAGGCAUUGUGUUCCUCAGGAAAAGAAGUUGAAUUGCCUCAUUCCAGCACCCAAAGGAUAUGUAACCCCUUUUCUAUGGCCAAAGAGUCGUGAUUAUGUUCCCUUUGCCAAUGCACCAUACAAGAGUUUGACUGUUGAGAAGGCAAUUCAAAACUGGAUUCAAUAUGAGGGCAAUGUAUUUAGAUUCCCUGGUGGAGGAACUCAGUUUCCUCAAGGGGCCGAUGCAUAUAUUGAUCAGCUUGCUUCCGUGAUACCAAUUGAAAAUGGGACUGUCAGAACUGCGCUGGACACUGGUUGUGGGGUUGCAAGCUGGGGUGCAUACCUUUGGAAGAGAAAUGUUAUCGCCAUGUCAUUUGCACCAAGGGACUCGCAUGAAGCACAGGUUCAGUUUGCUCUUGAGAGGGGUGUGCCUGCUGUUAUUGGUGUUCUUGGAACAAUAAAAAUGCCAUAUCCGUCUAGAGCAUUUGAUAUGGCUCACUGUUCUCGUUGCUUAAUUCCAUGGGGAGCAAAUGAUGGAAUGUACAUGAAGGAAGUUGACCGAGUUCUCAGGCCUGGUGGUUACUGGGUGCUUUCUGGUCCUCCAAUCAAUUGGAAGAACUACUACAAAGCAUGGCAGCGCCCCAAGGAGGAACUUGAGGAAGAACAAAGAAAGAUUGAAGAGAUUGCUAGACUUCUUUGCUGGCAGAAAAUUUCUGAGAAGGGUGAGAUUGCUAUAUGGCAGAAAAGUAAGAAUGCUGACUCAUGUCAUGGCACACAAGAUGAUUCUCAAGCUAAUUUUUGCAAAGCUACAGAUGCAGAUGAUGUCUGGUACAAGAAAAUGGAGGCAUGCAUAACUCCAUAUUCUAAGGGGAACAAUGACGAAUUUUCUGGUGGGGAACUCAAGGUGUUUCCAGAGAGGCUUUAUGCUGUUCCUCCCAGAAUUGCUAGUGGAUCUGUACCUGGAAUCUCUACUGAGAAAUACCUUGAGGACAACGAAAAAUGGAAGAAGCAUGUAAAUGCCUAUAAGAAGGUCAAUAAAAUUAUUGACUCAGGAAGGUAUCGCAACAUUAUGGAUAUGAAUGCUGGGUUGGGAGGUUUUGCUGCGAACCUUGAGUCUACUAAAUUGUGGGUUAUGAAUGUUGUGCCCACUAUUGCUAAGAAAAAUACACUGGGUGUCAUAUAUGAGCGAGGACUGAUUGGUAUCUAUCAUGACUGGUGUGAAGCCUUCUCCACAUACCCAAGGACAUAUGACCUUAUCCAUGCCUAUGGUGUUUUCAGUUUGUACAAGGGCAAGUGUGAUUUUGAGGACAUUCUUUUGGAGAUGGAUCGGAUUCUGCGACCAGAAGGUGCAGUCAUAUUCCGCGAUGAAGUUGAUGUGCUUGUUAAGGUGAAGAGGAUAGUGGGAGGGAUGAGGUGGAAUACUAAAUUGAUUGAUCACGAGGAUGGUCCCCUUGUACCAGAGAAAAUACUGGUUGCCGUCAAACAGUAUUGGGUCAUCACAGAAGACAAUUCCACAUCCUCUCAGUGAAUGCCUUGAAAGGAAAAGGAAAGACUUCCAAAUCAUGGCAUUACCUCCAAGUGGACAAUGUUUCUUUUGUUAUACAAGUCCACGCGUGCGCAAUUCUUUUAACCAUGAGCAUUUUUUGCUGGAUGAGUGGUUUAGCUUGGGGAGGACUCACUCACAUUGUACACGUUUAACCAGCUGUUGAUCAAACCAUAUUUUUUCACAGUAGUAUGGAUGAUGAAGCUGUGUCUUUAACAUUUACGCAACAUAUUUGAUCCGUUUCUUUGUUUCCCUUGUGUUGACCUCUUUAUCUGUAUUGCACGAUAGUAUAUUCAUUGGUCAUGCUCUCUCUCUCUCUCUCUC